AUGGCCAGCCGUAAACCGUUCAAGGAGGCCGAAGCGUCCCGCCCAGACUUUGACUCGUCGGCAACCCCCUUCUUCACCAAGACCCCCCAGCCCGACUGGAAGCCCGGAGGCGGGCUGAACGACCUUCCCUCGGCGCAAGAGUUCAAGCCCGAGAACGCGACAUGGAGGUCUAUCGAUCCCGACACGCACGACAAGACGGCAAUGUACAAGAUGAUGAUCUCUGCCAUUCAACCACGCCCCAUCGCGUUCGUCUCCACCCUCUCGCCAGACGGCGCUGCCAAUCUCGCCCCGAUCAGUUUCUUCAACAUGGUCGCGCCUGACCCGCCCACAGUCAUGAUCUCCGUGUCGACCAAGGGCGGUGCGCUGAAGGACACCAACCUCAACAUCAAGAACCUGAAAGAGUUUGCCGUGUCCAUCAUCUCGGAGCCGUUCCUCGAGGCAGCCAACUAUACCGCCGUGGACGCGCCGGCCGGUGUCGACGAAUGGGCUCUGUCUGGAUUGACAAAGCGCGAGUCUGAGCCACCGAGACCUAUCGCCUGGCUGCGCCCAAGAGUGUCAUUGGAGUCUACCGACCAGGAGGUCGAGAGCGACUUGAAGCACUGGCCUUGUCGAGGCCAAGGCCACCACGAUCUGUACCUGGCCACGGCCAAUGGUGUCAUCGGCGGCAAGGUUACCGACGAGAUGGGUGUCAUCGGCCGCAAGGUUACCGAAAAGGAGGUCGAGAGCGACAUGAAGCAUUGGCCCUUCAAGGUCAAGGCUAUCGAGCCCUACAUUGAAGUCGGGCACCGCGGCGAGGCCUACGUCACCGUUUCCAAGGCCACUGUGACCGUCUAUGCCCACUUCUACGACUGGCCGUCGAUGGUGGCGAUCAAAGUCAAAGAGGUGGCCGAGACCUACUUCUACGACUGGCGGUCAAUGGUGGUGGUCAAGGCCACGGAGGUGGCUGAGACCUACUUCUGCGACUGGCCGUCAAUGUUGGCGAUCAAGGUCACAGAGGUGGCCGAGACCCUCAUCUACGACUAA